CAACAUUGAAUUACAGUAGUUAGUAACUAACUAUUUGAAGCAGCUUCAAAUUGAAGGUGCCUUGUGAAUAUCAACAAUACUCAGUGAAACUAAGUCCUCAUUUACCUAACCAUAAAAAUAAAAAUAAAAAUAAUUCAUUUGAGCAUGCGAGAAACUCACAAUUUGCCAAUUUCGAAUUAGGCGAACCAGAGAAGAAGUCUUGGUCUACGACAACAUUGAACACUCCUUUCCUCUCUAAGAUUGGUUUUCACAAUAACUAUUACAUAGUGACCUUUCUAACAUCAAUCAUUUCUUUCUUCAAAACAGCGAUAACAUCAGCAGCAACAACAACGGGACUGAUUCGCACGUGCACUCAUUAAGAGACGAGUCGUCAAGAUGAGUCCAUCUGAGGAACCACUAACCCACGAUGAGAUUUGGGAUGACUCAACCCUUGUUAGAUCGUGGGAUGAUGCUCUAGAAGAAUACAAGAAAUAUCACAGCAUCCACAGAAAUGGAGGUAAUGUGGAAGAUCUUCUAAGCUCUAACCAGACUACUUCGGAUGCCAAGAAUGGGGCUGAUGAAGCCCACGAACCGUCAACCCGUGAUGGUCCCCAAACAGAUUCCGAAAUGAGAGGGGACACCACUGACGGAAGACAAGAGAACGGAAAGUCAACCAUCCAGCAUAGCCAUCCGCUUGGUGGAGGUCCCGGCCCUGGAGGGCUACUAGGUUCAGUGCAAGACGAAGGUCUCAAGAGACUGCUAAUGUCAUGGUACUACGCAGGCUAUUACACCGGCCUUUACGAAGGCCAACGCCAACAAGAGCCACCUCAACAAGAAUCUGAAAAGAGGUGAAAAAUAAUACAUAAGUCUAAAGGGUGCGCAAGUCGACCCGAGAUCUACAGUCGUUGCAAAAUCGUUCAUGGGAUUGGCUCGAUUAACAAGGAUUCGUAACGCCAUGCGUUACAACCUUCUGAGGAACGCUCUUAAGGAUGGUGACGUUGUCAUCUGGGUUACGCUUUGUAAUGGGCAUGCGACAAGUAACGCAUCAAUUGUAGCUGUUGGAAAGAGUCCAACAGAGCACUACAAAUUACUACAUAGGUAGUAAUAAACGAUGAGGAGGAAAAGGGAGGAGGGAGGAGGGAGGAUGGAAGGAGGAAUCAAGUCAAGGCUGUAUAUAUGCAUGUUACUCAUGAAAACCAUGAACAGACUCUUCCCUAUUCCGGACUUUGAAUAACAG